AUGACACCGGGACGCUUCGACCUCCGACGCUUCGACCUCCGACGCUUCGACCGGCGCCGCGACGGCACGGCACGCGCCGUCGUCACUGUCUCCCACGAGAAAAAGUGUCGCAGUGAUGGCGAAUGUGCCAGUGACCGGUUCUGCUUGGGCGGGGUGUGCUUCGACCCGUGCACGCUGCUGGACCCGUGCAACAGCUCGCUGAAGAACGGUGUGUGUCGCACGCGCAGCCACCGGCCGGUCUGCAGCUGCCCCCAGGGCUUCUCCUUCGAGGCGGACACCAAUGCCUGUGUCAAAGUGGGCUGCGAGGACGAGCAGGCCGGCACUGUGGACGUCGGCGAGCGCAUCUUUCGGGCCGACUGCGAGCAGACGUGCGUGUGCGGCCCCGGCGGCCAGUUCAACUGCACGCCGACGGUCUGUCCUCCAGGCUUCUACAGGCCGGGCACGUUCAAGGAUGACCCAGACUGCACCGAGCUGCGGGGCUCGGCCAUCGCCGGCGGCUGCUGCGUCAACGUCGUCUGCGCCAACCCUGAGCCGCCGUCGGCCUCGCAGCCGGCUGGUGCGGCGCCGCGCGUCGCCGACGACGAGAGUGUCGUCGGCUCCACCGGCGCCGCCUGCACGUAUGUGGUGUGCGGCCCGGGUGCCGCCUGCGAUGGCGGCCUCUGCUCCUGCAGACCCGGCCUGGCCGGCGACCCCAAUGACCUGGCCCGCGGCUGUCGGGCCGCCGCCCGAGAGGAGCCGGCGGCUGAGACCACUACCAGUGAAACGACAACAUCCGCUCCCACGACGUCAGCUACUACCACCGGCAAACCAACCACAGCCUUCGCCAAGACGCUGGACAUGCUGCCUCUUGACAUCACGCACAACUCCACCACGCUGCAGCUGCCGUCUGUUGGCGGCGAGCUGACGUACAGCGCCGACGGCCGGCCACCCCGGACCGUGCGAGUGAAGGCUGGGCGGCGGGUGAAGACGGUCACCGAUCUGCAGCCCGGCACCACGUACGCGUUCACGUGGAAGGGCGCUGAUGGCGAGAAGACGCUGAGCGUCGACACGAGACCCGGGUGCGUGACCAACACGAGCUCGUUCGCCAUCGGCGAGACGUACCACAUGGGCUGCCAGUCGACGUGCGUGUGUGGCGGUCCGAACCAGCCCUCGUGCCGGCCCCGGUGCUCGUUCACGCGCGGCACGGUCACCGACAAGGCCUGCUCGGAGCGGCCCGACAUCGACGACCCCGAGUGCUGCGUCCAGCUGGUGUGCGCCGUCAGCAGCACCGGAGGGCAAAUCGUCGAGGACUUGCUGGACUCCAUCAGCCCAACGGAGAGGACUGCAACAUCACCAUCCACCAGCACGGCAGCCAGCCCCAUUACCACAGCCAGCCCCACCACGACAACCGACGCCAGCACCACUCCCAGCUCCAGCACCACGGCCAGCCCCAACACCACAGCCGGCCCCAGCACCACAGCGAUACCCACCACCACAGCCAGCCCCAGCACCACAGACAGCCCCAGCACCACAGCCAGCCCCAGCACCACAGACAGCCCCACCACCACGGCGAUCCCUAGCACCACAGUCGGCGCUAGCGACAGCGGCGAGUCUGCGGUCGCGCCGCCAGGCGCUCUGACGGCCGGCGAGCAGCCCAAGCCGACUCUGAUCGUCACGACCAAGUCGUACAACUCUGUGACGCUGGCCUGGGACGACUUCAAGCCGGCCGACUACGUGCAUGGCUACGUGGCGCAGUACCGCCAGCUGGGCGCCGAGGAGUGGCGCCGUCAGGAGCUGGCGCCGCAGCCGGGACAGAGCGUGCCGCUGCUGCGCAUCGACCAGCUGCGGCCCGACACCGAGUACGAGGCGCGCGUCUCCAUCUACGACAGCCAGGAGCUGGGCACGCUGGGUGACGCUUCCGAGACGAUCCGCUUCACCACGGACGACGGCUGCGUGGACGGCAACGACACAUACCCGGUGGGCGGCCGGUUCUACCACGGCUGCGAGCAGACGUGCUUCUGCGAGCUGCGUGGCCGCGCGCGCUGCGUACCGCGCUGCCAGCGGCCGCUCUUCCGACACGGCGCCUUCAGCGACGACCCGCUCUGCUUCGAGAAGCGCAUGGACGAGUGCUGCGUGAUCGCCGCCUGCGCCAGCGCCAGCGCGCCGCCCACCGACGAGACCGAGGACGAGGAGGAGGGCAGCGACCCAUGCAGCGCCAUCAUGUGCGACGAGAAUUACGUCUGUGAGCGAGUAAAGAAGGAGGGUGAGAAUGCCGAGGCCAGGACCCAAGCCAUGUGCGUCUGUCCGCCGGGCUUCGACGAGACGUCUGUCGACGGUGACAAGGCCUGCAAACCUGGAGUAACGUCACCCCGUGUACUGGCCAACGUGACAGGCUGCACGUACGGCAACGCCACCUACCAGCCAGGAGACGAGUUCUUCGACGGCUGCGAGUUCAAGUGCAUGUGCAACAGCGAGGAGAAGAUUGAGUGCCAGGCACGCUGCUCCCGGCGCGCCAGUGACGACACUGCGCCCGACGCUGGGUGCCGCCUGGUGCCGGACCCUGACGACCCCUGCUGCCAGACCAUGCUCUGCGAGCGACCGGACGGAGAGAGCUCACCGGAGCCGGCCGGCUGCGUGUUCGAGGGUCGCGAGUACGCCGUCAACAGCACCUUCGAGCAAGGCUGUGAGGGCCGGUGUCGCUGUCUCGGCGCCGGCGAGGUGGCCUGCGUGCCCAGGUGCGCGUUACAGACGCCGCCAGAGGGUGCCACGUGCACGAGCCGACCCGACCCGGCCGACUCGUGCUGCAACAUCACCGUGUGCACCACCGCCACGGAGCCAGCGCCCGAGACCACCACCGAGACUGCUCCCGAGACUACCACUGAGACGGCGCCCGAGACCACCACUGAGACGGCGCCUGAGACCACCACUGAGACGGCGCCGGAGACGACCACGGAGCCGGCGGUGGUGACUGUUUCGAGCCGACUGGGCGCCGGCCGGCUGGAGGUCGGCCCGCCGGCGCUGCGCGUGGCUGAGCUGGUGCCUGUGGACGCGACCAGCACCCAGCUGAAGCUGCUGAUCACCGACAGCGUGCUGGACAGCUUCCUGUCGGCGCAGACGCAGCCGCUGCUGGUGGAGUGGCGCUACGACGGCGGCCCGUGGCAAGCUCGCAGCAUCGAGGUGGACGCCGUCUCGGUGGAGACGCUCGACACGCUCGUGAUGACCGUGGAGGGGCUACAGCGGCCGCGCGCCGCUGACGUGCGCGUCACGUACGCCGGCGAGACGAGCCCGCUGGUGCGCGGCGCCGACGUGGUCCCUGCGGACGCCACCGAGCCGCCGGCCACCACCACAGAAGGCCGGUGCGGCGCCUAUGAUCCCGGCUUCCGCUGUCGCGACGGGUCAUGCAUACCGCUCGCGCAGCGCUGCGACUUCCUGUACGACUGUGACGACGAGAGUGACGAAGCCUCCUGCGACGGUCUCGAGGAGACGGUGGGCGUGACCGAGGCGCCGCCCUCUGACGGCUUCCCCACCGGGCCGCCCCUGGUCGACGGCGCCUGCGUGCACAAAGGCGUCGAGUACCAGCCGGGCGACGAGUUCCACGACGGCUGUCGUCAGUUCUGCAUGUGUGCGGAGACGGGCGUCAUGUGCGCCCGCAUCCGCUGCCCGCAUCGCUACGGCCUGUCUCUGAUCAACCCCGACUGCCUCGAGUGGGACAUGAAGCUGUCCGAGGAGCCGACGCCGCCCAACUGCUGUCCCGAGGUCACCUGCAAGGACGACGGCAGCUGCCAGUUUGAGGGGCAGACGUUCCGCAACCAGCACGAGAUCCCGCAGAGCCUGACCGGCUGCGAGCGGCGCUGCUUCUGCGAGUUCGGCAACGUCACCUGCCAGCCGGACUGUCCGCCGGUGCCGGAGCAGCCGCCGGCCUCGCUGCCCUGCCCGCCGGAGCAGGCGCUCCUGUUACCCGGCCCCAACGGCUGCUGCCAGUUCUGGCAGUGCGCCGACCCAGAGUCAUCCACGCCGUACAUCCCCGUCGGCCCUGACUCUACGGAACUCCCGCCUGGCCUGCCGCUGGAGGACCUGGAGCUGCAGGUGGUCGACUCCCGGUCUGUGCAGGUCAACUUCAGCAUACCCCGCCAGCUGGUCGGCCUCUCGGGAAAAACGGAAGUGCUCUACACCGCCAACGCCGAAGACAGCGAUGACCUAUCGUCCUGGGACCGUCGGGUGUUCGAGUCGCCCUCCGGCCGGAUGGACGAGCUCAGCUACAGCUGGAAGCUGGGGGACCUGAGCGCCGGCACCGACUACCUGCUGCGCGCGCGGGUGCUGUUCGAGCAGGCCAUCUCCAGCCUGCAGAGCAGCGUCCGCCAGUUCAGCACGCCGCCCAUGGCCACGCCGGGCACGACGCUGCCGCCCAAGGUGGCGCUGGACGCGGGCCUGGUGGCCUCGGAGAUCAACACCACCUGGGCCAGGAUCGGCUGGCGUCGCCUCACCGAGGACGAGCUCCGCUUCAUCGACGGCAUCCAGCUGCGGUACCGCGACGUCGACGUCGACGCACAGGUGUGGACCAUGACGCCGUUCAUCCACCGCGAGCUGACCACAUACGAGCUGACCGAGCUGAAGCCGGACACGGGCUACGAGGUGGACAUCGUGCUGAUGCCCUUCCAGAACCAGAACACCGAGAUGGUGUCGGAGCGGCCCCUGCGGAUCCGCACGCCGCCCGUCGUCGACCUGUACGACUUCAACGUGACCCUGCUGCUAAACGAGCCCAGUGCCAACUCGGUGCGGGUACGCUGGUCGGGUAUACCGCAGCCGCAGUAUAAGUACGUCAAUGUCUACCGCAUCGUCUACAUCUACGAGAAGGAACGUGAGGAGAAGCACACCUUCAAGCUGGCCAAGACAUCCGACCAGCCGACGCUCCUGCUCAAAGGCCUCAAGCCGAGCAGCAAGUACCAGGUGUGGCUGGAGGCAUACCUAAAGAACGGCAAGAAGCGCGUCUCCGAGGUGCAGGAGUUCGUGACCAAGGCCGGAGAGCUGGGCAAGGCGGAGCAGGUCCGCGGCAGCGAAAGCGAGGCCGGGGCUGGCCAGCUGGCCGGCACCAACUACUUCAGCGGCAUGGUGGCGGCAGCCGUCAUCGCGGCCGUGGCCAUCCUGCUCUGCCUGAUCGCCGCCGUCAUGCUGGCCAGGAAGUCCAGCCACGCCAAGGCGCCCAUCACGCCGGCGCGCAAGAACGGCCCUAGCUACGAGAACCCGGCGUUCAAGACCUCCGACCUGGACUUAAAUGGGUCGAACGGGAACGACCGGUUCGCGUAGAGGCCAGCGUUGCCGAGCGGCCGGGAUGGGCGUGCGUGCGUGAGAGUCAUGCGUGCGUGAGGCUGGAGGCGGCGUGAGCGCCGCCGCCGGGCGGAUUAAGCGCCCGCCAGGCGUGCGCCGCGACCGGAGCGCGCGGCGUGCGCGCCGCUGUGAGUGUGUCUAGUGCCAAACGGACCAGUUUGUAUUGAGGGCAGCUGCCGACUGCCGGCCGGGUGAUACGGGGGCCGGGCGCGGGCCCGGCCGGGCCUCGAGGCCCGCCGCGGCCUCCGAGGCGCCCCAGCGCCUGUCAUGUGGCAGGCUCCGUCAGCGAGUCUGCGGAUUGUACCUCAGUAAACGCCGAGCAGCGAACGUGGGUGGAGAGGCGCGCGGCCCGAUGCCGACUGCAUCAUGGAAACGCCUCUCAUCCGCGUGCCUGGUGCCACUUUCCUAGCUUUUGGAAUUAACCAAUAUUGUAUGCUGACACUGUAUGUGGUACGCUGUUUUUUGUAUCCAAGAUGCAGUAACCCGUUUGUGUGAUGGCGACCACGGUAUUCACGCUUUAUUUGUGCUUUGUAAAUUUUUUUGUUCUGAUGAAAUCACUUAAUGCGUGCAGUUUCCCUUUCGAAGCGUUUAUUUCACCGACCAGUUUUGCACCUGAAUGCGAAUCACGGGGUUUCGCAUAGCUGGGCGGGCACUUUUUGCCUAUAUAUAGGCUAUGUGUACGCCGUUUUACAUGGUGUGAGAGAUCUGACCAGGUACAGAGUACCUCUGUAUCUGCCGUCUGCACAAGUUUGCUCGCAUUGUGUUUUUAGACUACCUUGCGCAAAGUCCGGGCAGCCAAUGAAGUGUAGCGUGCGCCCACGUGUGUUCCCACGGCCGGCUGUCAGCCUCGAGCUCUCCCGGCCGGGGAGGACGGAACGCGAGCGUUGUGCAACGAAAUCGACCAAAAUAAAACAAAACACCGCU